AUGGGAAUCAACUUGUGUACUCUAGGAGUUCUGCUUAGCUUCGGUUUGAGCUGCCAGGCUCAGAACAUCACCAGUGACUCUUACUUUUAUGGACAGUCUCCGCCGGUAUAUCCCUCACCGGACGGGGCUGGAACUGGAAACUGGGCUUCUGCCUACGUAAAGGCCAAAGAGUUUGUGGGAAAACUCACCCAAGAGGAAAAAGUGAAUCUUACUGCCGGAUCUUCCGUCAGUAACGGUUGCUCGGGGAAUAUUGCCGCUAUUGAGCGUCUCGAUUUCCCCGGAUUUUGUGUGUCAGAUGCCGGUAAUGGCUUGAGAGGAACCGACUAUGUCAGCAGUUGGCCUAGUGGUAUCCAUGUUGGAGCUAGCUGGAAUAGAGACCUGGCUAAGCAGCGCGGGGUACACAUGGGUGCGGAGUUUCGCCGAAAGGGUGUCAAUCUUUUACUUGGACCUGUGGUAGGCCCACUAGGCCGUAUCUCCGAGGGCGGGCGCAACUGGGAGGGAUUCUCCGAUGAUCCUUAUCUCACUGGCUCACUUGUUUAUGAGACCAUCGGAGGUGUACAAUCCUCAGGUGUUGGAACAUCCACCAAGCAUUACAUUGGCAAUGAACAGGAGACAAACCGAAACCCAGGAGAAAAUGCGCAAGGAGAGUACACGGAAGCUGUCUCUUCGAAUAUCGAUGACAAGACUAUGCAUGAACUGUAUCUUUGGCCAUUCCAAGAUGCUGUGCUCGCUGGUAGUGCCUCUAUCAUGUGCUCCUACCAGCGGAUCAACAACAGCUAUGGCUGUCAAAACAGCAAGACUCUCAACGGACUUCUUAAGACUGAGCUUGGUUUCCAGGGCUACGUUGUAACCGAUUGGGGAGCGCAGCAUGCUGGUAUCGCCGCUGCUAAUGCGGGUCUGGAUAUGAUCAUGCCUGACACUACGUUGUGGGGGGAUAACCUAACAAUUGCCAUCACAAAUGGAACUAUGGAGGCUUCUCGGCUUGAUGAUAUGGCAACCAGAAUCAUCGCAACGUGGUACCAACUGAAGCAAGAUUCGGGAAUUCCACACCCCGGGAUCGGAAUGCCAACAGAUAUCACAGCUCCUCACCAGAAGGUAAUCGGCAAAUCAGCAGACUCCAAGGAUGUCCUUCUCCAAGGCGCAGUCGAGGGACACGUUCUUGUAAAGAAUACGAAGAGCGCCCUCCCCUUGAAAUCUCCAAGCCUCAUCUCUGUAUUUGGUUACGACGCGCAAGCUCCUGCUUAUCUGGAAGUCGCUAUACCCUACCCAGAGGGAAGCCCGUCCUUCAUCAACAAUACCCUCUACGUUGGUGGAGGCUCGGGCGCCAAUUCAGCCGCAUACAUCGAUGCUCCAAUUGACGCGAUCCAGCGUCAAGCAUACGAAGACAAUACCUCCGUGAUGUGGGACUUUAGUUCUCAAGAUCCCGACGUAGACGCCACAUCCGAUGCCUGUCUCGUCUUCGUUAAUGACUUCUCAACAGAAGGCGAGGAUCGACCAGGCCUUACUGACGAAUACAGCGACACACUAAUUACCAAUGUGGCAAGCAAAUGUUCCAACACAAUGGUCAUAAUCCACAAUGCUGGCAUUCGUGUUGUUGAAGACUGGAUUGAGAAUGAAAACAUCACAGCUGUGAUUUUCGCUCAUCUCCCCGGCCAAGAUAGCGGACGCGCUUUGACUGAUAUUCUCUACGGCCGCGCUAAUCCAUCCGGUCGACUUCCAUACACGGUCGCCAAGAAAUCCAGUGACUAUGGAGCUAUCCUGUCUCCCUCUGAGCCCGAGGGUAAAUAUUGGCUUUUCCCUCAAUCUGACUUUUCGGAGGGCCAGUUCAUCGACUACCGUGCUUUUGAUGAGAAAAACAUAGAGCCGCGCUUUGAAUUCGGGUACGGGCUUUCGUAUAGUAGCUUCUCGUAUUCUGGUCUUCAAGUCCAGAAAGCGACCGGUGUGUCUACCACGCAGCAUCCUCCUUCGGCUAAGAUUGCUGAAGGUGGGAAUCCGCAUCUGUGGGAUGAGCUUGUUAUUGUGAAGGCAACUGUUAAGAACACGGGUGCUGUUGAUGGUUAUGAGGUUGCGCAGCUGUAUGUUGGUAUUCCAAAUGGACCUGUUCGUCAACUUCGUGGCUUUGGGAAGAUUUAUGUCGGUGCUGGCAAGAGUGAGACUGUUUCAUUUUCUCUGACCAGACGUGAUCUGAGUAGCUGGGAUGUUGAGGCUCAGCAGUGGGCCUUGCAGAGUGGGGAGUACAAGGUCUUUGUUGGUAGCUCGAGCCGGAACUUGCCGUUACACAAUCAAUUCACUUUCUAG